CAAAAUAUUUUCCUGACUUUGUGAUGGAUACAUUACUUAUAUUAUCAGUUGUUAUGUUGACGACAGUGUUCUUUAUCUCCGAUGUCGGUGGGGUAUCACUCAAUGUACCAGUUAUACGGAAACAGUACAAAGAAACGAGGAGGACGAUAAUAAAAGAAAAGCACAAAAUUAUGGAAAAUGCCAAAUUAAAAAGGAGAUCGGAAGAACGUGAGGUAGCAGGCGAUGGAAACAAAACUCAAGUUACUGGCCAGAAGUUAGCGGGAGGGGAGGCGGCAGCUGCGGUGGACAAAGCAGCGGAGCUGAAGAGGCAUAAGGAAGACCAGGCCAGGCAGCAGAAGAAACAGAGAGCCCCGGUGCAAAUAUUGAAACAACAUAGGCCACAGGAUAAAUAUAAGAGAGAGUGGAACACACGCGAAAAAGACGCACUUUAGCAGGCAGGCAGACUUUAAGUAAAUCAAUUCGUGUGCGUGUUUCAGUUCUAGGAAUAGAAAAACAACAACAUUAAUUUAAACGAAAAUUAAUUUACAAUUCAGUAAGUCGUUAUACAUAUUGCAGAUAUAAAAUUGUAACUGGACGUAACA